GUGGUGUGAAAACCUGGAAAAUCUCAACGCUGUCUUCCCUCUCCGCUGACAGCACCAGUGAGCGCUGGCAUUUCUUCCUCACCGUGUCUGCUGUUUUGGAACAGGCGGGAACUAGGUUGAUACCAAGUCAUCAGAGAAAUGGCCACACGCCUCAGAUCGGUGAGUAGAGGGCUUCAACUUUGCUGCACGAAGAUUUGUCUGAUGGAAACAUGUUUUCAUAGAUCCGUAUUCUCUAACCGUGCUUGGAAGAAAUGAGGCUGUUCCUGUGUUGAUGCCUGCUCCCAAAGAUAUUGCUGCUGGAAAAGGGGCAUCUUUGCUACCAUUCCAACUCCAGAGAGACCCGAUGAUGCUCCAGCCCUGAGGAAUACCAGGGGCUUUGUCAGUGCUGCUGAAUCAAUUGAUCUGGAGAUCUGCUUACACCAGGAUCGUUCCUGUGUGCCUUAAAACAUUAUUCCAUGCUGGCAUGCAAAUAAGGGCCCAGCUGGGCUCUCUGAGAUCUGCUAGACCGUAGUAACUUCUUUCUGGCAUUAUUGUAUUGAAUGUAGGAAGUUUUAAUAUGGAAAGAAUAACGCUUUGCUUAGCCUAGAAAGUUAUCUGGCCAUUUAUCUUGGGAGUACAGCUUGCUAAGCUGAUCUGGUGUGUUACCUGUGCUUGUUUAUUGUAGAGAAGUUUCUGCUUUCCGGUCUAUUUUCUCUUUUUUUUUUUCUGGCUUCUGUAAGUAAAUGUCAGAUAUUUAGGAAACAAACAAAAAUGUAGCAUAACGUUAGAGAGCAUGAACAGGCUGUUUUAGCUGCACAGCACUGGAUAGACAGUAAUUCCUCUCCCAAAGUUGAUGUAAUCCCGCCUAGCCUGCGUUUCUGCCGGCCUUUUAGAAAAAGGCCAACUUGUCCAGGAGCAGUACCGUGAGCUGCAGUUACACUGAUUCUGGACACUGGGUUGGUUCAGUUAGUAUUUUCCAAAGAGGUGUGUGUGCUUUCGGUUAUAAACAUGCGCUAAAGGUUAUUUAAAUAAAUCUUUCAGUCAGUGAUUAGAAUAUUGACCUUUACUUGGGUGAGUGGGGAAACUGUCAUACAGAAAAACCUGGGCUGCAUCAACUGCAGUGGGAGAAAGUGAUGCUGUCACUUUCAGUCAGACAGAGGGCGUCCUUCUGCCGCUGUUUAAAACUUCGGCUCAGCGCUGUGUGCAGUUGUGGUGUUUGCAUCUUAUGAAGAACGUGCUGGAAUGAGACAGGGUACAGACAAAGGGCGAUAAAAAUACCAAUGAACUGGAGCGACUGCCUGCUGAGGAGAAGCUAAAAAGGCUCAACCCCUUUGUGGGGAAAGAAGACUGCAGAGGGGGCGGAUGUGACCGAACUUACAAAAUCGGGAAGCUAAUGAGUAAAGCAAAUGUAGACCUGUUGUAGGGGGGAGAUACAAGGAGAACAAACUGCAGAGAGUCCUUGGACUAUCGUAUUUUUUCUAUACUGUCUGUUCUGCAACCAUCAGAAGCAGAAUCCAGGACCAGAUAGGCCAUUGGUCCAUCCCAGAAGAACUUUAAUUCAUUUAUUUAAUGCUUUUAAUCAGGCUGGACUUUGCACGCACUAUUCCAAGUAGCUGGCUAUGCCCUGCUGGAGUUGCUGAGUUGCACUGAACUUUUCUCGUUUCUGCUGUGGAUAACUGAUGCUUUGCAGUUGAAUCUUUGUUUAGGGAUGUAGCCCUUGGAAAUUACCAAACAAUUGUUGUCUUUGUGCGGUUUCACGGGGUUAAAAUUCCCUGCAGCUCAAUAGAAUAACUGCAGAGGUGGGUUUUUGUGUAGCAACAAUAAGGAGCAAAUGUAUUUCCAGCCAGGACAGAGCAGUCUUUGUACAAAAACUUCCUCCGACUCAUUGCUUGCACGUUCUUUGUUGGCAGUGAGGUUUCCACACUCAUUGCAGUUAGACCGGUGACCAAACCAGAAUCUGUUAAUUAGCGACUCUAGCCAUUGAAUUAUAAAGCAUUUAAAAAAGAAAUGAAAAACUAAUGACUGAUUAAAUAGGAUAAGCUUUGCCUUUACCUGAUUGCUUUCUUGGCUUGGAGGAGCCUAAGUCUCAUGUGCUGUGAAAAUGGCUUUGUCCUUGCUAGCUGUGAUGGGUUUUGUAUUUUGGGUUAUCUGUGCCUUGUGGCUGUAGUGAGCUCCGUCUGGUUUAUAUCAGGGCAGAGUUUGUCAGAGCUGGUCCUCUUCUUCUUCCCUCCUAGGCGAGCCACUUGGUUACGUGACAGAGUCCUGCCAAAAUAGGAACCAGCACGCAAGCUGUGUGGACCACUGGCAUGCCUGAACUUCAGGUUACUGCGGUGGCACAGACGUAUUGGAAAGUGAUAUCUGAGUUUAGAUUCCCCCAGUCAAAUCGACUACUGACUUGAACAAUCAGAGCUGUGCAAAAUUCCAGCCCGUUAAGAUCUUAGGAAGUUCAAUCCCGGUUUAGUUGCACUGUUUGUUGGUGCGUGUCUGCUUUCUUGUAACACUCGUUGUCUCACUGUCUUUGCAGGCUGGUAAAAAGUGUACAGUGAUCGGCGGCUGCGGAUUCUUAGGCCAGCACAUGGUGGAGAAGCUCCUGGACAAGGGUUACUUGGUCAACGUGUUUGAUAUCGAGAAGAGAUUUGAGAAUGACAGAGUGCAGUUUUUCCUGGGAGACCUUUGCGACAAAGAGGCCUUGCUCCCAGCUUUACAAGGCGCUUCAGUGGCAUUUCAUUGUGCGUCGCCAGCACCUUCAAGUGACAACAGGGAACUGUUUUAUAAGGUGAAUUUUAUGGGAACCAAAACAGUCAUUGAAGCCUGCAAAGAAGCUGGAGUGCAGAAACUGGUGUUAACUAGCAGUGCCAGUGUUGUUUUUGAGGGCACAGACAUAAAAAAUGGAACAGAAGACCUCCCUUAUGCGAAAAAACCUAUUGACUAUUACACAGAGACAAAAAUCCUACAGGAAAAGGAAGUACUGAGUGCAAAUGACCCUGACAACAAUUUCUUCACUGUUGCUAUUCGCCCCCACGGGAUAUUUGGUCCUAGAGACCCUCAGCUGGUUCCCAUCCUCGUCCAAGCAGCUAAGAGUGGCAAAAUGAAGUUCAUAAUCGGGGAUGGAAAGAACUUGGUAGACUUCACUUAUGUGGAAAACGUGGUCCAUGGACAUAUCCUAGCUGCUGAGCACCUUCAGAAGGACUCUCCCUUGUGUGGGAAGGCAUUUCAUAUCACAAAUGAUGAACCAAUUCCCUUCUGGGCAUUCAUGUCCCGUAUCUUGACUGGCUUGAACUACGAUGCACCCAAGUACUAUAUUCCCUAUGGGCUGGCAUAUUACUUGGCCCUGUUCUUGGCUCUAGUGCUGUGGCUGCUCAGUCCACUGGUCACCAUCAAGCCCACUUUUACCCCUAUGCGGGUAGCACUAGCUGGGACCUUUCACUACUACAGCUGUGAACGGGCCAAACGAGACAUGGGCUACAAGCCAGUGGUGAGCUUGGACGAAGCGAUAGACAGGACUCUCCAGAGCUACCCCCACCUACGCCGGGCUAAGGCCUGAGAAGUCCUGGAUGGAUUUUAUUUCUACCAGAAUUUCCUAAUUGCUUUGAGAUCUUAACAUGAACACUGAAGCAAAUCUCACUAAUUUUCUGGAACAGGGAGUUUUCCCAAAGUCCCUCCUCCUCCUCACCAUUAUCAAGACAGACUUCUCUGGGUUGAAAAACACUUCACGUAGUAGCUGUGCUAACAGUUCUUUCCUUUGAUGUGACUUGUUGUUCUGAAACAGCUGCUGAACUCUGUGGACUAUGAAUAAACACCCUGCUGUGCCCUUUUCAGUCCCA